AUGCCUCUGACCGGGCUGAGCUCCGCGCGGCUCGUACCGCCGGGCAUGAAUGGACGCCUCUGGAUGCAAAUGAAGGAUGCAUUCAAUGACGACCCAAAAGCGCGCCUGCACGCCUGCGUCCGCGACAACGACAUGUCGGCACUGCGAAACCUCGUCCCUCUCUGCGGCACUGUUGACCUAGAGCUCAAUUACUGCGACCCGGACUUUGGCUCUGCUCUUCAAGUCGCCGUACUGUGCGAUAACAUGACAGCGGCAGGCAUUCUUCUUGAUGCCGGCGCUAACCCUUGGGCUUCUAAUGGUUUCACUGAGCCGCAAACUUCGGCCAUAGAAACGGCUAUUCAGACAGGCAACCGCGACAUGUUCACUCGUAUGUGCGAAAAAACGGUCUUGGGAGACAGCAAAAUUCCGCAACAGGUUCACCGUGCUCUUCUAAACCGAACAACUAUCCAUGGUCAGACUGCCAUGGUCGAGGACGUUCUGGGUUGGGCUGACGGCUGGUCGGAAGCUGUCUUGGAGAAUGCUCUUGGGGACGCCGUGUCAGGAUGGCACGUCGAAGUGGUUCGGCUUCUUUUGGCCCGUUUCAGAUACUCGCCGCUAUGCAUCAACUUGUCUCUCUGCCGUGCAGCCGACUUCAAGUCGGACCUGCUCAGCCUUCCUCGUGCUGAGUGCAACGGCCUGGACUACGUGAACCAGCAAGAGCUCAUCGGUUGCCUUAUUGGUGCAGGGGCCGACCCAAACAGCAAUGCUGAAGGGCUGAAUAUCGUCAUUGAAGCGGCAACGUGGGCUGACUUGGUGGGAGCUCUCAAGGCGCUUCUCGAUAAGGGCGCUGAUCCCAACGGACGCGGCCCUGCUGGAGAAACCGCCCUUCACCAUCUGGGGUCGCCGGUGCAUGUUAAAAAGGGUCCCAAGCGCUGCUUGCACGAAACAGGUAUUCGCUUGUUAUUGCAACACGGUGCGUCCGUCACGAUUCAGGAUGAGUUGGGCAACACACCGCUGCACUUCGCUGCCUUUGGAUCUAAUAUGCACAUUUUCUCGCUCUACACCACCGGCCUGCCAGUUGAUAGCCCACAUAACGACGCAUUGAAAUCAAUCAAAAACAAUAGCGGGGAGACGCUUCUUCACUGGGCCGCUGCGGGCAAGAAGAUCGACAUAUUACGCUUUCUAUUAUUGUCCGGUGCGGACGUCAACGCCGCCAAUGACAAUGGCUGGACGCCAUUAAUGUGUGCUGUAGCCCCGUCAACCGCGACCGAGACUUCUGUGCCAAGUUAUUAUAAAGCACUGCAGGCGGUAAGAAUUAUCCUGGACCAUGGAGCUGAUCCCCUUGCAUGCACAGCCGAGGGCUGGACACCGCUGCACUGCUUGUCGCUUUACCUGGACGAUGGCGAUGGCAAUAACAACGAGUUGGCAGAUCUUGCCAAGGAAUUCAUCACAAGGGGUAUACCCGUUGAUGCUCGAGCUACCAUGUUGGCUGUUUCCACAAACUCUGGUCGCAAAUCACUCCGUGUGCCCAACCGAGAGGUCGGCAUCUGGGGCUCUCGCGUCGUUGAGCAUCUCCAACCCAACAGUAACAAGUCGCCUGCGACGACCAAAGAUAGAACGCCGCUACACUGGGCCAUGUUUCAUGGCGCUGCCGGUUUGGCAAGGGUUCUGUUGGCCAAUGGAGCGGACGUGAAUGCUGUUGAUGAGAGGAAUUGCCGGCCAGCUGAUCUGAUAAACACCUCGCCACUGCUACAGACGCACCCAGAUAUACGCGCGAGAUUGACACGCAUUUUGGUUGAUGCUACAAAUUCUAGCGUAGAGUACUCACAAAAGCAACAGCAGGCCACAUAA